AUGUCAUUCGUUACAUAUACAAAUAAAGUUAAUAUUGGUGUUCUUGGUACUGGUGAUGUCGGUAAGCAAUUGAGUAAGGCUUUCUUGACUGAAGGUAAUCCAACUAUGAUCGGAACCAGAGACGUCAACAAAGCUGAGGUCGUUGCCUUCAAAACCGCAAAUCCAGCCAUUUCCAUUGGUACUUUCGAAGAGACCGUCAAGUUUGCCGAUAUUGUUGUGCUCGCUGUUGGUGGUGCCAUCGCUCAGGAACUCGUAAAGAGUCUUGCCAGCGUACUCUCUGGAAAGGUCGUCAUCGACGCCGUCAACCCAAUCACCCCAGGUGUUCCACCAAAGAAAUUCGCACUCCAAUACUUCACCGAGAAGAACUCGUCGUUGAUGGAACUCCUAAUCGAAGCUGCACCUGAAGCCCAUUUCGUCAAGGCUUUCAACUCGGUUGGAAACGGUCUCAUGUACAAGCCACAGUUGAGCGAGCGUGCCUCCAUGAUUGUCUGUGGUGACAGCGAUGAAGCUAAAAAGUCGGUUCAACCAUUGAUCGAGGCUUUCGGUUGGGAUUUCUUUGAUGUCGGUGCCUCUACACUUGCCGGUCCAGUCGAAGCACUCUGCCCACUCUGGUGUGCCAUCGCAUUCAAAACUGGAAAGUUCAAUGAUUUCGCUUUCAAAAUUGUUACUAAAUAA